UAUUGUAUCUAAACUAAUGUACAUCGCCAAACACCGACGAAACCACAGAGGGCCAAGUCCGGAACCCUCCCCUGGUAACCGGCCGCUGGACCCAGUUGUUUGGCUGCAGCCCUUAUUUUGAGAAAUUAUAAAAUUUGAACCGAAAUGGAGUAACAAACACUCUGUCAAUAGAUGUACCUGAACCGGCCGUUUUGGAGCGACGCCGUGAAGGCGGAGGCGGAGCAACAGUCGCCGGUAGCGGAGCUGGUGAAGUCUCUCGACAAGCAGCGCCUCUAUCGCGAGGUCACCCUCGCCCUCCGCACCGGCUUACGCGAGGCGCGAGCCGAAUUUUCAUUCCUCCGAAUCCGCGGUCUCCGCAGCAUUCUCAAGUUUCUCCGAUCCGUUUCUCAGUCCGACGACACCAUCAAUCUCUUCUGCCACUCCCAAUCCAUUCCCGCACUCCAAGUGGUGCCGGUUCUGUUUCAACACAGCCUUAAAGAGGCUGAGGAUCAGUUGGUAACUAAUUUGAAUCACAUCUUCUCUGUGGAACCCAUGAAGAUAAGCAGCCCGACUACUGAUGCCGAAGUGGCUAUUGCACUACGAGUUCUUGAAGGUUGUUGUCUUCUUCAUCGCGAGAGCACAAUCUUGGCUCACAAGCACAAGGCAAUCACGGCCCUGAUGAAUAUUUUGUCAACUCGUGGAGUACUCGAGCAAGGUGCAUGCCUCGAUGCUUUGGUUGCAAUCAUGCUAGAUUCAUCUUCCAAUCAAAUGGAUUUUGAAGAAUGUAAUGGCAUAGAGGAAGUUGCUCUUCUUAUAAAAGACACGCAAGUAGAGGAAAAUCUAAGGUUGAAAUGCGGUGAAUUUCUAUUGCUACUUAUCGGGCAUGUCAAUGGAAGGGAAACACCUCCGAUGAUGACCAUACACGAUGAAAUAAGGCAAUACCUGGGUGAAAAAUCCGCCUCCUUAAUAUGGGCAGCCAGCCAGUUUGGAUCAACUCUGGACCCGGAGCAAAGGCUUACAGCUUUGCAGAUUCAAGCCCGAAGGGUGCUCGAAUCAAUCGAUCUUUACUGAGCAGAAAACAAUUGACAGGUUUUUAAACAUUCUAGUUUGUACCAUAAGCUGUUAGAUUGUCCAAAACAUGAUUCUUAAGUUUCUGAGCUGUUAGAUUA